AUGAGCCACCAAAGAUUCCCUCCAGAUGUCAUCAAGGAGCCCCAUUCAAUCUCACUCAAGGUCCUGAGACUAUCCCGCCCGUCACUGGUGGCUCAAUACCCAGUCAAGUCACCAGAGGGCAGCCAGUCGACAGCAGGUGUGGGCUCGCACCCGGCGUCCCUGGCGUACCGCUCCCCUGACGGCACGAACCCGGACCCAUUCAUCCUAUCGCCGAUCCUCAACCUGCCGCCGUCGUUUGGGUCCGCCUACGUCGGCGAGGCGUUCAGCUGCACGCUGUGCGCGAACCACGAUGUGCCCGAUGGCGCAGCCGCCCGGCAGGUCCGGGACGUGCGCAUCGAGGCCGAGAUGAAGACGCCCGGGAGCGCGGGCGGCGUCGUCACCAAACUGGACCUGGGUCCCAAGGACGGUGGUGGCGAGGACGGUGGCGUCGAUCUGCGCGAGGGCGAGACGCUGCAGAGGAUCGUACGGUUUGAUCUCAAGGAGGAGGGGAAUCACGUGCUGGCCGUCACGGUCAGCUACUACGAGGCCACCGAGACCAGCGGCCGCACGCGUACGUUCAGGAAGCUAUACCAGUUCAUAUGCAAGUCUUCGCUGAUUGUGCGGACAAAGGCGAGUCCGCUACCUGGCAUCCCGGGGACUACGGCCGACUCGUCGUCGGCGGGGGAAAAGGAGGGGCAGCAGCAACAGUCACAACUACGAAGGCGGCGUCGGUGGGUUCUGGAGGCGCAGCUCGAAAACUGCAGCGAGGACGCCAUACAGCUGGAGCGGGUGGUGCUGGACUUGGAGCCCGGGCUGGUAUACACGGACUGCAACUGGGACAUGGACGAGCGGCAGAAGCCCGUCUUGCAUCCUUCCGAGGUUGAGCAGGUCUGCUUCGUGGUGCAGGAGGCCGGCGCCGAAUGUGAGGUUGUGGAUGGCAAGAUUGUGUUUGGGGUGCUUGGGGUAGGAUGGAGAGGCGAAAUGGGCAGUCGGGGGUUUCUGUCUACUGGCAAAUUGGGUACUAGGUUCGAUGGGUGA